AGAAAGCUGAAUCCAGAAAGCGAACGCUCUUUUGCAAAGACAAACACAUGAAAGGCAAGAGAGAGAAGGGAAAAAAAAAAUUAAAGUGAAAAGUUUAUAUUAGCAGCAGGAUUUGGAAUACAGAGAGAUUAGAGUGUGAAACAACCAGAGAUUUGGAUCCAUAAGAUGAGACUCAGUCACCCCUUUUCACCCCAUUACUGAAAUUUGAAGGAAACGAGGGAUUGUUUCUGAAAAUGAACGCUAUUUGAUCAGUUUCCAACUUCAUUUCCUCUCUUCUCCCUCUCUCAGUUUGAUCGAAUCCACCAUUAAUGGGGGCCCGUUGCUCCAAAUUCUCCCUUUGCUGGUUCCACUCCCACCUCAAGCCCUCCGUCUUGGAGUCCUCUGAUCUGGAAAAUGGGAACAAGAACGACCGGAACUUGUGGCCGAGUUUCAGCGAGUUCAGCUUCGAGCGGCUGAAGGCGGCCACCGGUGGGUUCUCGUCGGAGAACAUAGUUUCCGAGCACGGGGAGAAAGCCCCCAAUGUUGUUUACAAAGGGAAGCUCGACAAUGGCCGCUGGAUCGCCGUGAAGCGGUUCAACAAACUCGCCUGGCCCGAUUCUCGCCAAUUCCUCGAAGAAUCAAGAUCGGUGGGAAAUCUAAGAAGCGAGCGAUUGGCGAAUCUGAUUGGAUGUUGCUGCGAAGGAGAGGAGAGGUUGCUGGUGGCAGAGUUUAUGCCUAAUGAGACUCUUGCCAAGCAUCUCUUUCACUGGGAGACGCAUCCGAUGAAAUGGGCAAUGAGGUUGAGGGUGGCAUUGUAUUUAGCACAGGCUUUGGAGUAUUGCAGUAGUAAGGGACGAGCAUUGUACCACGAUCUAAAUGCUUACCGAAUUUUGUUUGAUCAAGAUGGUAAUCCCAGGCUUUCAUGCUUUGGCCUUAUGAAGAACAGCAGGGAUGGAAAGAGUUACAGCACAAAUUUGGCUUUUACCCCUCCAGAGUACUUAAGGACAGGUAGAGUGACACCAGAAAGUGUAGUUUAUAGCUAUGGUACCCUGCUGCUAGAUCUUCUUAGUGGCAAACAUAUCCCCCCCAGUCAUGCAUUGGAUCUAAUUCGUGGGAAGAACUUCCUGAUGCUAAUGGAUUCUGCCUUGGAGGGUCAUUUCUCAAAUGAUGAUGGAACUGAGCUAGUGAGGUUGGCUUCUCGCUGUUUACAGUAUGAAGCUCGGGAGAGGCCGAAUGCAAAGUCUCUCGUGACUGCCCUCAUGCCACUUCAGAAAGAUUCAGAGGUUCCAUCGUAUGUUUUGAUGGACAUCCCUCAUGAAAAUGCAUCCCCAACGCAACCAUUAUCUUUGACACCGUUUGGCGAAGCGUGCUUAAGAAAGGAUCUCACCGCCAUUCAUGAAAUGCUGGACAAGAAUGGAUACAAGGAUGAUGAGGGAAUUGCCAAUGAGCUUUCUUUUCAACUGUGGACCAGUCAAAUGCAGGAGACUCUCAAUUCCAAGAAGCAUGGAGAUACAGCUUUCAAAGCUAGAGACUUUGCAACUGCUAUUGAUUGCUAUACUCAAUUUAUCGAUGGCGGGACAAUGGUAUCACCGACGGUGUAUGCCCGGCGGUGUUUAUCGUACCUGAUGAGCGAUAUGGGGCAAGAAGGUCUAGGAGAUGCAAUGCAGGCCCAGGCAAUAUCACCAGAGUGGGCAACUGCUCUGUAUCUUCAAGCAACUUGCCUGUUCAACCUUGGGAUGGAGGAUGAUGCCCAAGAAGCUCUAAAAGAGGGCACUAAAUUUGAAGCCAAAAAGAACAAAAAUUGAGGGGAAAAAAGAAAGAAGAAAAGAAAAAGGAGGAAAUGUACAGGUGUUUUUCCAUUUGUUUUUAUGCCAUUUCCUGUAUUUUUAUAUAGCUUUUUAUAUAUAUAGUUGUGUUUUUGGGAGAUUGUUCUGCCAACUUGACCAUUUUGCUACACAACAGGAAUACUGGAAAAAGUUGUGGUUUUGUUAAUCCUUUAUGUGGUUUCUUGUGACCAAUUAAUUUCACCCAUUUUUUUUUGUUAUGGUCAA